AUGGACACAAGGAGAGCGCCUAUUUCAGUCAAAUGGUCCCCAGGGCAUCUGGGCAUUGCUGGGAAUGAAAUGGCGGAUAGUCUAGCAAAGGCAGGGCAGUCAGGUCCAGCUGAUAGCAAGGCUGGCCCGACGAUCUCGGGCCUCAAAAGCCACUGCCGCGAUAUGCUGCAGGCUUUCAGAACCAAGGACUGGGCUCGGACCAAGAAGGGCCUCUCGAAAUGGGCUCUCUGGGUUUUUGAGGGCGUGAGGGCGCAGCUCCGAAGAGUGGACCCGGACCCGACCGGAGCACAAUGCCCGGAGGACAAGUGGCUGCAGGAGGAGGACUUGAAGGGGUGGCUGGGGAGCGAGGAGGGCGAUAGCGAUGAUGAGGACGAAUAG